UUUAUAAUUCAUUACUGAGUGCAAGGACUUGGGUCCAGAUCACUUUUGAAUGGGACAGUCCCAGGACAAACGGAGGAAGAUGAAGUCUCUUGGACAUACCGUGCUGAUCUUGGUGUUGGUGGAUCUAUGCUCUGAGAUGAGUGCCUCAGUUUUGGAGAACCCGACAUUCUCGGGACCAAAAGAAGCUCUGUUGGGUGAAAUUGUAGAAUUUAAUUGUGAGUCACCUCCAAUACAAGAAACAGUUACUUACCAGUUUCUGAAAGCUGGUGAGAAGGAAAAAGCUCAAGAAUAUACUUCCUUGACAAAUGAAACAGCUACAUUCAACCUUGUUGUCAAAACCACUUCUGAAGGACUUUAUUACUGUAACGCCUUUGUGGAAAACAACACCUCCAUCGAGCCUCAGAGCAGCAGUACAAUCAGGCUGAAGGUUAUAAUUCCUGUUAAGGGAGUGAGACUCGAGUCUGACCCGGGGCCAGAUCAAGCUGAUCUUUUAGAGGGUGAAAAGCUGACCCUGAGUUGUAAGGUGACUGAAGGUACCCAUCUCUUUUAUGAGUGGUACUUCAACAGGAGCCCAAUUCCAGACUCAUUGGACCACAGAAUUGUCGAAAACAAGAUGAUUAUUGACAAAAUCGUCGACCGCCAAGCUGGGACAUAUUUCUGCAUAGCAAGCAACGGGAUCAAUGAAACUCAUCAGUACUCUUCCACAAGUAAUGACCUGGUCGUCGCAGUCAAAGUGCCCUUGUCCAAACCAGUAAUCUCAUACACCGUGACAAAGGAAGCCUCGACACUCCAAGCCAUCAUAACCUGCAAUUCCACCAGAGGAAGCCCACCAAUCACCUUCUCGCUCUACAAUAAGACCAAUGGGCUUUACAGCCGUACAGCACAGGAGCAGAGUGCUUUGUUCACUGUGCCUCUCACCCAGCUUGUGCGCAUGGGGGCAAUAUACUGCGAGGCAAAGAAUGAGGUAACCCAGCUCCAGUCAAAUACAUCUGUGAGGCUGGACGCAGUUGGGGGUGAAGGGAGACUACAAACUGAGCACUUCUAUGAAGACAAUGGCACAGUCCUGUGGUCAAGACUCUGUUGUUCUGUGGAGAGAGGGACCUUCCCCCAGUUUACCUGGUUUUUAAAUGGACUCCCCUUAGAGAAAAGAGUUGACAGUCUUUCCAUAUUGGAGUACACCGGGUCCCACAAUGUGUCCUGUUUAAUCCCAACUGUUAGGGGGUCCUAUCACUGCGAGGCCAGCGAUGAGUUUGAUUUUACUCACCGAGUAGUCACCAAAGGAUUUGUUGUUAAUCCAAGAGAGUUUAAGCCCAUGUCUGUUGAAGUGAUUGCGGUGCUGCUAAGCGGCUUCAUCCUCCUUAUAAUCACAGUGGCCACCUGCUGUCUCUUUCUGCUGUUACGCAGAAAGAAAAGGAAACCAGAGGAGUCUGGAUCUGAUGUGCAUAUCAGCGAGGAGACAGGGGAGAAGAGGGUUUUGGAAACGGAGCAGCAGGAGCAGCAGGAGCAGAUCGACGAAGUAUCUGAGAGUAGUUUAGAAGACAGUACCAUGGUGUGAAAAGCAAUGGGCUGCAAAAAAAUAAAACAAAAAUGUUUUGGAAGGCAGCGGGAACAAUUUGGAACAGAGUGGGCAGCUAAUGACUGGAGUUCAUAUUGUGGACUGAAGCCGAGGAGAUCCUCAUCCAUCAGGGAAUCAAGAAAAAAAGGGAUGAAGAUGGUGAAGAUCAUGAUGAAAACUGUACUCUAAGGCUCAAAUCUGACCUAGAUCAAAAUUUCGAUUUAGCCCGGUCAAAAUCAAAAUCCUACCACUCGAGUAUUGGACAACUGAAUUUGGCUUGCAAGUGUUUAUGUACUGGAUAUCUUGAGGUUGAGGAACAUUUUACAAGGCUGUGGUGUUUUUUUUAAAACGAGCAGAAGUCACAACGUAUCAUAUGAAUAGGAAUAUUAAUUAGCUCUGGCAGCUUCAUGAUGUAUACAGUAUAUGUGUAGGUAAUGGUAUUUAUACAGCACCCUUCAUGUCAAACGAUCCCAGCUUUACAUAUAUAGUGAAAUACGUCCUUCACCCGAGUGAGGUAGAACAGCCACAAUCACCAAACAGCAACCAAUUGUAUAUAUAGGUGAUGUCUUUAUAAAGGACUAAUACCAUGCAAAUUAAUUUCUGUACUGUGAAGCCUUUGCUUGUUACCACCCCGGUCCCUAUAACAUUGCUAUAUAAAUGUGAAUAAACACAUCUGUACAAUCAAA